AUGGGCGCAGUGAAGAACAUUCUAGAGCCUGCGGCGAUUGUUGCCGCCUUCACCGCAGGAUCACUCAUCAAUCGGCGCAAGAACGCUAAGCUCCUCGCUACGCCGGACGUCGAGUCACCACUGCUGGAAGCCCCUCCAGUAGACAUAAAGCCAAACGAGGAGGACGCUGAUGAGCGCACAAUCCGAAACCGCCGAACCAUACAAUCACGGAUCCUAGCCAAGUUCCCCUUCUUGUUGGAAAUAUGGUACUGGCUACUCACAUAUUGGAUCUAUCAAGGUUUACGGGCGUUUUCCGCUAGAAUGAUUAGUGGCCAUGAGGCUAUCUUCGACACUGCCGAGCGUCAUGCCCUUUCCAUCCUCUCAUUCGAGCACUUCCUUCACCUCGAUGUCGAGCUGUCAGUACAAAGGUAUGUGCUUGAGCAGAAGCCAUGGCUCAUGGGAUUCCUGGCUCGGGUAUACUAUUCACACAUUGUCCUCGGCGUGAUAUUCAUCGUCUACUGCUAUACCUUCCUCCAACGAGACAAAUAUCAAGCAAUCAGGCGUACGCUGGCGUUCGAGAAUGUCAUUGCCUUCACCAUCCUUACCUUGUGGAGGUGCAUGCCACCUCGCCUGCUGCCAGAAGAGUACGGCUUCAUCGACGUUCUGCACAGCAAUACAGGCGGCUCAGCUUGGACGCAGAACAAAUUUCAACUUACAAUUGCAGCGAUGCCCUCACUUCAUUUUGGAAACUCGAUGUUCAUUGCACUCUGCCUGCUGAAGUUCAGUCCGCAUUGGUACCUUCGGGCUGUGGCGCCCAUCUGGCCCAUGCUCAUGGCACUCACUAUCGUUGCGACGGCCAAUCAUUUCAUCCUAGAUGCUGUCGUCGGUGCAUGUGUGACGCUGACGGCAUUUAGAUAUAACACCGUCAUGUUGUAUCUUCUUCCUGUGGAAAGAGUACUCUUCAGGUUGUUGCGUAUAGAGAAACCCUAG